AUGACGAAACUCCAUGUUCUGCCCCUCUCUCAACCUUCCAUACACCUCCUUCAAUUUCACUACCAACCUAUCACUAAACUCUAUUUGUCUAACUUGGAUGAUAGGGUUUCCAACGAAGAUAUUCAUCUGUUGUUCUCGGAAGAGGGUGUGUUGGAAAGGUAUUCCAUUCAUUAUGAUCAGUUUGGGAGAUCAAAAGGAACAACAGAAGUUGUCUUUACAAGGCAGUCUGAUGCUUUAUCAGCCCUCAAAAGGUACAACAAUAUGAGGUUUGAUGGAAAGCCACUGCAAAUUGAGCUUAUUGGAAUUGGAACAAGCAUUAUUACUCCUGCCAAUAAGCAAAUUGGAAAAAGCUCUAUUACUCCUGCUGAUACUCCUCUUGGUCAAAGCAGCAUACUGGGAAGAACAAAUGAUCGCGUCUUUGCAAGGGAAGAAAGGAAGAUUGGAGGUAUCAGGUUCCAUAACAGCUUUGCACAUGGCUAUCUUCCAAUGGGCCAUGGAAAAGAGAAGUUCCAUAUAAGGAAAGUGUCUCUUGGAGCUACUGAUCCCAACUUCGAGAGUUAUGACCGCCGUCGUGUAGAAACAAAACGCAAUUUCCAAAAGUUGUCUGUGAAAGAUCUUGAUGAAGAUCUGGAUAAGUAUCACUUAGAGGCUAAGAAGAUUAACAAAAAAAAUGGAAAGGGAAAUCAGGACUGA